GGCUGCUUAGAGAUGGGGAAACGGCAAGUAUGAAUUCAGCUCACAGGAGGCUGCGAGGUCAGACGUCAGUAUUGCACUACGCAUGGCUGAGUCAGUGACUGUGAGAAAUUGAACUGAAUUAAUAUCUAGAGGGGGUUUGCGUCUUUGAACACUUAAUGGACCAUAUAGCUACAAUCUCUUAUCUUGAAGGGAAGAUGAUGGAGGAAAAAGUAAGGCUCGCUGAUGGUGCAGUGAACUACUGAAGAAAUGAUGGAAAUAUCAAAUAUGCUGAACUUAAGUAAUGCCAAAGGAUGCUGAUCUGGCUUUCAAAGCUGCCUUUUUGGAAGGAACAGAAUUCCUUUGUGCUCUGAUUUCAAAAUUAUUUCCAUGCUUUUGUGUUUCCUCCCUGAUAGAUACAAGAGGAAGCACCUCAUCUCGUAUUGCUAAAGGAAUAGACUACACAAAAAUGAGCCUCCAUGGUGCAAGUGGUGGACAUGAGAGAUCAAGGGACAGACGCAGAUCGAGUGACAGAUCUCGUGACUCAUCCCAUGAAAGAGCAGAAUCUCAGCUCACUCCAUGCAUCAGGAAUGUUACAUCACCAACAAGACAAUAUCAUUCUGAUCGAGAAAAGGAUCACAGUUCAUCUCAACCAAGCAGCCCUCGUCCUCAGAAGACUUCCCCUAACGGUUCUGUUGUUAGCAUGGGGAACAGCAGCCGAAACAGUAGCCAGUCAAGUUCAGAUGGGAGCUGCAAGACUGGUGGGGAAAUGGUGUUUGUGUAUGAAAAUGGAAAAGAGGGAGCUCGGAAUCUAAGAACUUCUGAACGAGUAACGCUCAUAGUGGAUAACACCAGAUUUGUUGUAGAUCCUUCUAUCUUUACUGCACAACCUAAUACAAUGUUGGGCAGGAUGUUUGGAUCAGGCAGAGAACAUAACUUUACACGUCCUAAUGAAAAAGGAGAGUAUGAAGUUGCUGAAGGAAUUGGUUCCACUGUGUUUCGUGCUAUUCUGGAUUACUACAAGACUGGAGUGAUACGCUGUCCUGAUGGGAUAUCUAUUCCCGAAUUGAGAGAAGCAUGUGACUAUCUCUGUAUUUCUUUUGAGUAUAGUACUAUUAAAUGCAGAGAUCUCAGUGCUCUCAUGCAUGAAUUGUCGAAUGAUGGUGCUCGCAAACAAUUUGAGUUUUAUCUAGAAGAAAUGAUUCUCCCAUUAAUGGUAGCCAGUGCCCAAAGUGGUGAGAGGGAGUGUCACAUUGUUGUGCUGACAGAUGAUGAUGUUGUUGACUGGGAUGAAGAGUAUCCCCCACAAAUGGGAGAGGAGUAUUCACAAAUUAUUUACAGCACAAAGUUGUAUAGAUUCUUCAAAUAUAUUGAAAAUAGAGAUGUGGCCAAAUCAGUUCUGAAGGAAAGGGGGCUCAAGAAGAUCCGACUGGGCAUUGAAGGUUACCCUACGUACAAAGAGAAGGUGAAAAAGCGACCAGGCGGAAGGCCGGAGGUGAUUUACAACUAUGUCCAAAGACCGUUCAUUCGGAUGUCAUGGGAGAAGGAGGAAGGGAAGAGUCGGCACGUUGACUUCCAGUGCGUGAAGAGCAAAUCUAUUACAAAUCUAGCGGCAGCGGCUGCAGAUAUACCCCAGGACCAGCUUGUGGUAAUGCAUCCUACCCCCCAAGUAGAUGAGCUGGAUAUUCUGCCUAUUCAUCCUCCACCUAGUAACAGUGAGAUGGAUCCUGAGGGACAAAACCCACCGCUCUGAUCUAGACUCUUAAUAAAACAAAAGCAUGCUACUUUAAAGCAACUCUGUACUUGACUCACACUACACUGCAAUUCCAGUUUUUUUCCAUUGUGUAACAGUGUUUAGGAUAUUGCAGUGCGGACCUUUGAAAAGACCAAAGGGAGUGCCCAAUUAUUUUUGAAAGAGUACAGAUCAAACAUCCUGGGGUUACAGUUACAUACAUGUAUGUGUUUACCAGUAGGUUUGUGACAUUGGUGAUUUGUAUGCUGGACUGUCCUCACUCUGAAGCCCAUCAGAAGCAAUGGGAUGCCAGUGGCUGUUGUUACACAGGGUUAGAAUGCGGAAUUGGAAUUGAUAGUAGCACUUUAUAAAUGGUUGAUAAAUGGAAUUUGAAGCCAUUUUUUAUAAAUGUGUUGCACAAUACUAACAAAGUGCUUCUAUCAAAAGUAUUAACUGUAAAUAGUUUUGCUCUGAAUAGGUUGACCCUUUUAAAGUUAUUGUAAAUGGUUGAGCACAAAACUACUUACUAUUGGGUUUUUGGAUUGAGGACAUGAUUCAAUUACCCAUGUAACAUCUUGUUAAACUCAAAGUUCUUCAGUGAAUUUUUUCACUUGUUUGCAGCGUGAGCCAUGUUCAGAACGUGUGAACAAUGGAUAGGGGCUUUAUCUUAAAUUUUGCCUUACCUUAAUCUGUUCACAGAUAUUUAUUUAAUACAUUUUUCAUAAGUGUCAUGAAAUAGGAAAAUGCAGAUGGUUCAUUCUUCAUUUAUUAAUGAUUGUAAACAAGUUUUUCAUGCAAAUAAAGUUUCCAUUAUUUUAAUGGGUUUGAAUUACCUG